ACGCAGUAGAGGGAUGAGGAGCAGAGAGGUAAAAAGUUCUCGUCAGUUUGUGCAUUUAUGCUGUACACGAUGACGACGGCGACGACCGCGCAAUCAGCCGGAUAAGGGUAUACCAGAAAAAGAAGCUGCACCGCUGCCAGCAGUCAUCAGCUGGUUGUCAACGAUCACAGACGGAGCCUUCACUGGGCUCCUUGAUUGAUGUUGCAGUGCCAAUAACCUAUCUUUUUGAAUUGGAUCGUCGUGUUUUCGUGUUAAGUCAAUUUCGGGAAACCAAGUGUAUGUAUAGGAAGUAGCAGCAGCUGAAGAAUAAUAUACAACCCGAGGAGAAAAAAAGAGAGUCUGGAGUGAAAAAAGAGAAACCGCUGUCGUUGUCGUUGUUGGUGCGCGCGCACUAACCGAGAGACCAUCAACGCUGUGCUCCAAAUCGGAGCCACCGAUCGGUUUUAAAGUGUAGCUCUCCGCUUGAUAAAAAAAAACAAUAAAACAAAAAGAAAAAAAAAGCAUCUCCCUGCUAUCCGCGUUGUAAGUAAAUCCAUCUGCUGCCGUCCAUCCACCAAAUUUGCAAUCUGUCGUAUAGAACAAGCAAAUACAUUCACAGGAGGCAUCAGAAGAAGAGCUGAAGCAAAGAACCACUCUAGGAGCAGCAGAAGAAGAAGGUAUACCCAGUGGAAGACGGUGGAAAGAAAGAGAAAGAGCCUCUGGUACCUCGCCAAGUGUAGGGAGUAGUGUAGCAUUUAGCAAACGGAGCGCGCGUGCGCUGUUCCUGCGCGCGCCGCUGCUACUCCCAGUUUGGAAAACGUCGACCGCUAGGUAUCAUCCGGAGGCGCGAGAGAGAGCGAGCAUCAAGCGAGGAGAGGAGGAGCCAAAUUAGUAGCAGCAGCAGCUCCAGGCUCCAGCCUAAAGUAGGAGCGCCUACGACGACGACGGCUGAAGAAGUAGCAGCAGAGGAGGAGGAGGACGAGGACGAUCUGCUGCUUGCCUGCUCCACCGGAGCACGAGCUAGAGCCAUCAACCCCCGGAAGAUAGGUCGAUUCCAAGGAGAAGAAGAAGAAGAAGAAAAGUCUACUGCGGAAAAGGUGAAGGUGGUGUUGGUGGUGUCCGUGCGUGCGUGUGAGUGCGUGUGCGGAGUGCAGAAGAGAGAAAGUACGCGAAGGAGAGGCCCUUGGUCCCCCGCCCCUCUGUAUCUCUCUCUCGCCCGCGCGCUCACUCUCCAAAGCAGCGGCUAUUUUAUAUAGAAGCAGAGCGAGAAAGUCGUCGCAGCAGCAGUACAGUCCGGGUGUAACGGCGUUCCUACUCUGUGCUCCGAAGUUGUGUCUGUGUGCGUGUGUUCGUGUUUAGCAGUAGCCUUGCUUGGCGACCCGUACUCGUCAUCCUCUAGAAUAUACCCCUGCGUGCGCUCCAGCAGAGUAGAUAGAAACUCUUUGGGGGUGUACUGCAAGAACACGAAUGACGUAGUCACUCUGUCUGUCCGUCUGUCCAAAUGUCCAGGUGAAAUCACAGCCCCCCCUAUACGUUGGGGUAGAUUGGCUCAUCUAAGAGUCGUCAAGUGAAGGUUAUUGCCACACAGGCAGAUCGAGAUUCGAUUAAUUGUCAAAAGUGAUGGUUGUCCAUGGUUGUUGUUUUUUUAUUCCAAUGGUGUGUGAAAUGUGAUAAAAAGUUAUGUGUAUGCAUUAUCACAAGAAACAGCAGUAGAGGAAAAGUGCAAAUAUUCCAAUUAAGUGUAUUACACAUGAACCACAGUAUUGCAGAGUCAGUAAGGUGACUAGCUAAUUGCUAUUCUCUCAAAAAAAAGACAGCUGCUCACCACCACAAAGAAAAGAAAGGGGAAAGAGAAACUAGAACAAAAUUAGAAAAAGAGUUUUCUCAGCUUGACUGGUUGUAAGCUGAGAAACUUGAGGCCUAUCAAGGGAACAGAGACGAAAAGAAGAAGGUGGAGGAGGCUGCGGCCGGGCCGCUGUAGUAGUGCUGGAGAAAUAGAGGCAGGAUGAGCGGCCGACCCAGGACCACCUCCUUUGCUGAGGGCAACAAGCCACCCGCGAAUCCACCACUUGGUGGCAUGAAGAUAAGCAAUGCUUUGGAUAGCUCCCAUAAAGAGGAGGUUAAACAGAGCGAGACUCCUGCCCCAUAUAUUGGCAAGGAUGGCAGCAAGGUGACGACAGUGGUGGCGACCCCGGGCGCCGGACCCGACCGUCCCCAGGAGAUCGCCUACACCGAUACCAAGGUCAUCGGCAACGGGAGCUUCGGCGUCGUUUACCAAGCCAGGCUCUGCGAGACCAACGAGACCGUGGCCAUCAAAAAGGUCCUGCAGGACAAGCGUUUCAAGAACAGAGAACUGCAAAUAAUGCGACGUCUCGAGCACUGCAACAUCGUCAAACUCAAGUAUUUCUUUUACUCCAGUGGAGAUAAGAAGGACGAGGUUUACCUGAAUCUAGUCCUGGAAUACAUCCCCGAAACCGUGUACAAAGUCACCCGCCACUACAACAAGAGUAAGAUGACGAUACCGAUCAGCUUUAUCAAGCUGUACAUGUACCAGCUGUUCCGCUCGCUGGCGUACAUCCACUCGUUAGGUAUUUGCCACAGGGACAUAAAGCCGCAGAAUUUGCUGCUCGACCCGGAAACUGGGGUCCUCAAGCUCUGCGACUUCGGAUCGGCCAAGCAUCUCGUCAAAGGCGAGCCCAACGUCUCCUACAUAUGCAGUCGCUACUACCGUGCUCCUGAGCUCAUCUUCGGUGCUAUUGACUACACCACAAAAAUCGACGUGUGGAGCGCUGGUUGCGUGCUAGCCGAGUUGUUGCUCGGUCAGCCGAUAUUCCCUGGUGACAGUGGCGUUGAUCAGCUGGUCGAGAUAAUCAAGGUCCUCGGUACGCCGACCCGCGAUCAAAUCCGCGAAAUGAAUCCCAAUUAUACCGAGUUUAAAUUCCCGCAAAUAAAAAGUCAUCCGUGGAACAAGGUGUUCAGGCCGCGCACGCCCCAGGACGCAAUGGACCUCGUCGCCUGCCUGCUCGAGUACACGCCAUCGCUGCGCAUGACCCCGCUGGCAGCUUGCGCCCACAAGUUCUUCGACGAGCUACGCGAGCCGUCCACGCGGCUGCCGAACGGCCGGGACCUACCGCCCCUCUUCAACUUCACCCCGAGCGAGCUAAUGAUUCAGCCCCAGCUCAACUCCAUCCUCGUGCCCAAGUACAUGCAGACGUCGUCCACGGCGACGGACGGCGCGGCGAGCCAACAGCAGCAAGCCACCUCGCAGGAGCCCGGCACGACGUCCGAGGCGUCGUCGACCUCGGCCUCGGCGUCCGCCACCCAGGGAAGUGCCGCUGCGGCCAACUCGUCUGCCGGCAAUUCGUCGAACGACAGCGCGAGCUCUACGCAGACCGGCACCACGCAGGUCGCCAAUCCCAACCAGUCCAGUAUGGCUUAAGGGGUGUGCGCCCUUUGGAGGAUAUUCGGCUUCUUUUUCUCAUCUUCCUUUCUACCUGGCUCUUGUUUUAAUUUGACUUGUAAGAGAAACAACGGACGACUCAAAGAGAACGUAGAAAAGGAAAACAAAAGGACGACCAUAACACGCAGACUAAUCACCGCGAGGGAUAUGGUAGAAGCACAAGUUUAUAAAAAGAAGAUAAGCGAGAUAUUCGUCUCGUCUUGACAGGGCUGUCGGGCCCGAAGCACUUUGGUUCUUGGGGCGGUCGCGCGGGCGUCGUAUUUAAUUGCAGAAGAAGAAGAGGAUGAAAAAUAACGCAAACUUUGAACACUGUAUUGCUGGGGAUUGACGUACAUAUGAAAACAUAGCCACGCUAUAUUCAACGUAUUCUCACCUGCGGGACAUUUGCUUUCCUUUCCGUUUGAAACGAAGAAUAUUUUGAAGGAAUUGACGCGAAUGAGCAUCAUCCGUGGGAUAACUUUUCUUUCACACGCCACACCACACACGUACACGUAAGGAACAUGAAAAUACGCGAGUUACGGUUCGUAAGAAUUUGCCUUACGAAGUGAUGAAAAACAGAAACAAGUGAAGAAUAAAAAAAAAAAAAAAAACUGGCCACGCGACUACGUAACACGUAAGACGCAAGUGAAAGCGAGUUUAUUGUGUAAAAGAGUGCGUCGAGAAUGAGAGCGCGAAUGGUAAUCACUUUUUGUUUUCUGACGACAAUGGAACACGACAACACUUUGUGUUUUUUAAUCGUGGAACGAUGGCUUGAGGAACAAUGUUGUGGAUGUGUCGUGGAUUUGAUAUAUCCCUUCCAACGUAGAUUAAAGGUUUAAAAAAUUUUAAAAUUAAAAAAAAAAAGUAAAAGAAAUGCAAAAAAGCUUUGUGUCACUCACAAAAUCGAACGAUUGAGAGGGUUCGUUUGUUGACUUGCGUAUGAUCGAAUUUGUUUGAAUUGUACAUACAGAGAACGCUGCGCUCUAGCCCGGUCAUUUUUAAAAGAAAAUCAAGGUGGGAUAAAUUGAAAGAAGAAGAAAAAAGAAAGAAAGAAAAUGAAACGUGGAAAAAAGCCCAUGCCGCUCGGAAUAGGAGCCACAAUAUAGUAGCAGUCGUGUGCAUAUACUUACGGCGAAUUGUGUUACGAAACAGCGGUUGAAAGGAAAACCCUCUAAUUUUUCUCUACACGCGAUUAGAAAAAAAAAAAAAAAAAAAAAAAAAAAAAAAAAAAAAAAAAAAA